CUGGCUGCACGCGCCGUGGCGGCUCCGGAGCGGCGGCGGCGGCGGCGGCGGGAGGCACCGGCAGGCACCGGGGACAGCGGCGAUGUGCGCGCUGCUGCCCGCCGCCCCCUGAGACGCCCCUCUCUUGUUUCCCCCGCUCCUCUCGCACCCUUCUCCAGCGACCCCAGGCUCUUUUCCCCCCUCUUCCCUCUCCCCCUCCCUGCUCUCUGCCUCCUUUCCCCCCCGCCACCCCUUCCAAACCCCCCCGCUCCCUCCGCUUCUUUAUCCUCCGGUUCUUGCGACCCUCCCGGUUGCCGUGUGGAUGCGGCCCGGGCUGCCUGGCUGCGCGGGUGGCGAGAGCAGAUGCUGAGGGGCCGGAGGAGGAUGGAGAGCAGCCUCGAUGCGCAGAGUUUGAUCAGUAUUUCCCUGCGGAAGAUCCACAGCUCCCGCACGCAGCGAGGCGGCAUCAAGCUCCACAAGAACCUGCUGGUCUCCUAUGUGCUCCGCAACGCCCGGCAGCUCUACCUGAGCGAGCGCUACGCCGAGCUCUGCCGCCGCCAGCAGCACUACCCCGACGGAGCCCCGCUGCUCGCCAUGCCCGCCUGCCCGCCGCCUGCCGCCGCCGCCCCGCUGGAGCUGGCGGGGCUCCCGCUGCCCGCCGACACGCAGGACCGCGAAGCGCGGAGCUGCGCGGUGGUGCGGGGCGGUGCGGAGCUGUUGGAGGUGCCGGUGUGCGCGGCACCCCCUGAGCUGCAGCGAGCGCCUUGCAGAGACUCGUCCCCGGGCUUCUACCGGGCCGCCGGCAGCGCCGGUCCCGGUGGUGGUGGCGGCGGCGGCGCGCCCCCGGGGCUGCUGUACGCCGCCGGCUGUGACUUCGGGAGCAGCGGGGCACCGCACUGUAGCAGCCGCACCACAGUGCUGGAUUUGGACACUCACGUCGUGACCACGGUGGAGAACGGGUACUUGCACCAGGACUGCUGCUCGCAGUGCCCCUGCUGCUGCCAACCGGCACCGGGGCUCGCCUCCCCGCCGCCCACACCGGGCACCAAGCGCAAGUAUUACCCGGGGCAAGAGGAGGAAGAAGAGGAGGGGGUGGAGGAAGGGGAGCCGGGGGGAGGCGGGGUGGCGGGCGGCCCCCCCUUCGCCCCGUGCACCAAACGAGCCCGGUUCGAGGAGUACAGCGCCGAGCACCCCCAGGACUCUAACAACAUCUCCAACUUGAUCUCCAUCUUCGGCUCCGGUUUCACGGGGCUGGUGAGCCGGCAGCAGGCGGACUCGGAGCAGCCCCUGAACGGGCAGCUGUGCGGCAAGCAGGCGCUGGCGAGCCUGGGAGCCUGGACUCGGGCCAUCGUCGCCUUCUAGAGCAGCCGGGAGAGCAAGGGGAGCAAAGGGGGGCGGGGGGCUUGCGAAACGGGGGUGCGAUCCGAGGGACAGCGGUUCCGGAGGGGGGGGGACCCUGAAACAAAGGCGGGGAGGGGGUUGGGGAGAGGGGAGGGGGGUGGAGGGUGCCGAGGGGUGGCAGGGAGGAGGGGGGGCAGAGCCACGCUAGUGUUUUAUAAAUUGUACAAUAAAGAGAACAAAAUCUAAGACCGUGGGACUUUAUUUUUGUAGAGAUGGGGGGGGGGGGGGAGGACACGACACAAACAAACGAAAACAAAACAAAAAAGCCACAACGAAGCACCUAUUUAAAUAAUCCUCUUUGUGUCCGCUCGGGCACUCUCCCGGCGGCUUUCCCGGGGCCGGCGCUGGCGACGGGUAAAAGCCACGUGAGAGCCGGGUCCCAGCCCCGGGACCCCGCGGCGGAGAGAGCCCCCAGCCCCUUCCCCGGGCCGCCCUGGCGGGGUCCCUCUGCCUCCGCUCCGCC